AUGGUUUCUUUCCUGGCCCUUGGCCUAGCUGCCGGGCUCUCUCUCCUCCAGGCAGCAAGUGCCCAAACCUACAAUGAGCUCUACCGACCACAGUAUCACUUCACCCCGGCCAAAAACUGGAUGAAUGAUCCCAACGGUCUUCUGUACCACAAUGGCGUUUACCACCUGUACUACCAGUACAACCCAGGCGGAGACACCUGGGGAGCCAUGUCCUGGGGCCAUGCCACCAGUGACGAUCUGACCCACUGGGAGCACCAGCCUGUUGCCCUGCUCGCGCGUGGAUAUCCAGGUGACAUCACUGAGAUGUUCUUCUCUGGCUCCACUGUUGCGGAUACUGAGAACACGAGUGGCUUUGGUGUGAAUGGGACUGUUCCUUUUGUGGCAAUGUAUACGUCUUAUUACCCCGGUUCACGCAAUCUUCCUAGUGGGAAGUCAGUCAAUGGUGGACAGCAAGCUCAAUCAAUCGCGUAUAGUCUAGACGAAGGGAUGACCUGGACCACCUAUGACGCUGCAAACCCAGUCAUUCUGAACCCCCCAGCACCCUAUGCAGAUCAGUGGCGUGAGUUCCGCGACCCAUUUGUAUUCUGGCACGCACCAACCCAGAAAUGGGUGUCGGUUGUCUCGCUAGCCCAACUUCACAAGUUGCUCAUUUACACUUCGCCCAACCUAAAGGAUUGGACGUACGCCAGUGAGUUCGGCCCCAUGAACGCAGUUGGUGGUGUCUGGGAGUGUCCCAGCAUCUUCCCUCUGGCCCUCGACGGCAACGAAGCCGAGACCAAGUGGGUUGUGCAGAUUGGACUCAACCCCGGCGGACCACCUGGAGUUGUGGGCUCAGGAUCGCAGUACAUCGUCGGCAGUUUCGAUGGCACAGCAUUCGUUGCGGACAGCAACACCCCGCCGCCGUCUUCAACCUCCACGGCCGGGUCGAGCACUACUGCGACGCAGACAUCUACUAGCUGCAACUGCCCCAGUGGAACUGAAACACCUGGAAAUGUGACUUUCCAAGACUUCGAGGGCACUGGCGACUUUGCCUCGCGCGGCUGGGUGGCCACAGGCGGGCUGGUCGGGGCUGCACCGGCUCAGGGCACCCUUCCCGGACAGCAGACCGUCUCUGGAUAUGCUGGCAGUCGCCUGGUGAAUACCUUCCUGAGUGGAGACUCCACCACUGGCACGCUCACCUCGCCGCCAUUUACCAUCAUUCGACCGCAGAUCAAUUUCCUGAUCGGCGGUGGAAACGCACCAGGCGCGGAAUGCAUCAACUUGAAGAUAAACGGACAGAGCCAAGCUGUGCGGACUGCCACGGGCCAGAAUGAGGAGAGACUUCUACCCCAGACCUGGGAUGUUACCGACUACAUCGGUCAGACCGCCGUCCUUGAGAUUGUGGAUUCCCAGACAGGCGGUUGGGGACACAUACUCGUGGACCAGAUCACCUUUACCGGCACUGCUCCCUCUCAACCGCCUACUCAACCGCCUACCGGCGACGGUGUGUGGAGCUUCAAUGGGACUGGUACCUAUGCGAGUCGCGGGUGGACUGCAACUGGGGAUCUUGUCGGCAAGAGCCCGGCCCAGGGGACCCUGUCGGGCCAGCAAACCGUGUCUGGCUACCGCGGAAACUUCGUCAACACGUUCUACGCGCAGGAUUCAACUACUGGCACUCUAACCUCGCCCACCUUUACCAUCACCCAGAAGCGGAUCAACUUUCUCAUUGGAGGUGGAAAUGCUCCAGGCGUGGAGUGCAUCAACCUUAAGAGUCGGCGGACAGGUUCCACGGGCAGCGACAGCGAACAGCUCGCGCCAAGGAGCUGGGACGUGACAGCGCUGAUUGGUGAAACUGCGGUCAUUGAGAUUGUCGAUUCCAGCACAGGCGGCUGGGGCCAUAUCCUGGUGGAUGAAAUCUCCUUCUCGGAUGACUCGACUGAGCCGCGGGGGACCAACUGGAUGGACUGGGGCCCCGACUACUAUGCUGCGGCACCGUUCAAUGGGCUGCCCGCAGAAGAUCGCACCAACAUUGCCUGGUUGAACAACUGGCAGUACGCGACAAGGAUUCCGACCUCCCCCUGGCGCAGCAUGCUCUCGAUCCCGAGGAAACUGUCCCUCAAGACGCUGAACGGGUGGCCAACCCUUAUCCAGCAACCUGUGGCCAACUGGGCAGAUCUGCAGACAGGAACAUACUCCAAUGCUCUGAGCACUGUCGCCGAAGGCACGCAAUCCAUUCCGCUCUCGGGCAAGACCCUCGAUAUCACAGUGACAUUCUCCGACCGGACCUCGGCCACCGGUCAAUUCGGCCUUCUGCUCCGAGCAACUUCCGACCUGGCACAGCAGACCCGAAUCGGGUACGACUUCAGCACAAAGAGGAUGUUUGUUGAUCGGACCAAGUCUGGGAACGUUGGUUUUGACGGGUCAUUCUCCAACACGUAUUACGCGCCGCUGGCACCUGGCAGUGAUGGCAAGGUCACUCUGCGCAUCCUUCUUGAUUCUUCGUCCGUCGAGGUCUUUGGCGGCCAGGGAGAGGUCACCUUGUCGGCGCAGAUCUUUCCCCAGGACUCGGGUGUUGACGUCCGGCUUUUCUCAUCUGGGGGCAGCACAAGUGGUGUCACGAUUGAUGCGAAGGUUCUGGGGUCCAUUUAUGGUCCGCCUACCAGCAGCUCUACCAGCAGGACCAGCAGCACCAGCAGCACCACCGGCACCAGCAGUACGACCGGCAUUACUACCACGACGAGUACCACAUUAACGACGACGACGACUACGACAAGCACAAGCACAAGCACCACUGCCCGGCCUUCCGCUACGACUCCCGUCGACUUUCGCCCUGUUUUCCACUUUGUACCCGACCAGAAUUGGAUGAAUGAACCCAACGGCCUGAUAAAGAUCGGGUCCACAUGGCACUUGUUCUUCCAACACAAUCCCACUGGAAACUUCUGGGGCAAUCUCAAUUGGGGCCAUGCGACAAGCACGGAUCUUGUAUCCUGGGACCACAAGCCAGUUGCAAUCUCCAGUGGGAAUGGAAUAGAGGCAUUCACUGGAACGGCGUACUUCGACUCGCAGAAUCUCUCCGGACUGGGAUCAUCGUCAAACCCGCCCUAUCUCGCGUUUUAUACUGGGUACUUCCCCUCGACGGGCGUCCAGGAUCAGCGCCUGGCAUAUAGUCUCGACCAGGGCGUCACAUGGAUCAAAUACGCGGGCAAUCCCAUCAUCUCACAAGCCCAGGAAGCGCCGCACGAUGUCACUCAAGGACUGGAAAUCCGGGAUCCAAAAGUCAUCUAUCAUGCUCCAUCGAGUCGAUGGGUGAUGAUUCUUGCGCAUGGUGGCCAGAAUAAACUCACCUUCUGGACAUCCACCAAUGCAAUUGACUGGACAUGGCGUAGUGACUUUACUGCCAGCAACAUCCCCAACCUGCCCAGCGGAAUCAACGGGUGGGAGGUGCCAGACUUCUUCGAGCUUCCCAUCCAAGGCACGACGCAGAAGAAAUGGGUUCUGAUGAUUACUCCUGCGACUGGCUCCCCAGCUGGCGGCAACGGCGUCUUCGCAGUGACAGGGUCUUUCGACGGUACUGUCUUCACAGCAGACCCCGUUGACACCGCCACAGGCGCGUUCUGGCUCGACUACGGCCGCGACUUUGACGGAGCGCUCAUGUGGGAGAAUGUUCCCACCCAGGAUGGCCGGGUGAUUCUCGCGUCCGUGAUGAAUAGCUACGGUGGACACCCUCCGACGAACACCUGGAAGGGUAUGGUGUCAUUCCCCCGCACGCUGGAGCUCCAGCAGUCCAACGGCAAACUGCGGUUCCUGCAACAGCCCGUGGACGAAAUCAACGGGCACGCGUGGCCCCUCGCGGAUAUUGAGAACCAAGUCCUCGCCCCAGGCCAGACUUUGCUUUCCAACAUCCAUGCUAGAACACUCGAUAUCGAAAUAUCCUUUACACCAUCCCCCGGGUCGACACUCACCCUGGCCGUCCGGAAGGGAGGCUCGCAGCAGACCCUUGUCAGGUACGUGCAGAGCUCCAACCAGCUCUCGGUCGAUCGCAACGCCAGCGGGAAUACCUCGUAUGAUUCUGCAGCUGGCGGUGUCCACACUGCGACUGUGCGCCCUGGUGCGAAUGGUGAGGUCCACUUGCGUGUCCUGGUUGAUACGUGCUCGAUCGAGGUCUUUGGGGGCGAGGGAGAGGCUGUGAUUUCGAACCUGAUCUUCCCGGAUGUGUCUGCUGAUGGUGUGGCUCUGACGGUCGCUGGGGGGACGGUGACUCUGAGCCAGGUCGUGGCGCGCGAGAUCCUGCUCUGA